AGAAGCAACAAAUGGAAUCAACGAAGAAAUAGGGAAGGGUUCUUUUGGAAUUGUUUACAAAGGAUAAUACAAAUUGGUUCGGGUGUCCAGGUGGCUGUGAAGAACUUCAACUGCGUGAUACAAGAUGGUGAGAAGGAAUUCAAGACGGAACUGAACAUUAUUGGUCAGACACAUCACAAGAAUCUGGUUCACCUAGUUGGAUAUUGUGAUGAGGGACAACAGCGAUCACUAGUAUAUGAAUUCUUGAGCAAUGGAACACUAGCAAGCUUCCUUUUUGGUGAUGAGAAACCCAGUUGGAGGCAGCGAAUGGAAAUUGCUUGUGGUGUUGCCAAAGGGCUUCUGUAUUUGCAUGAAGAGUGUACCACGCAAAUCAUCCUUUGUGAUAUAAAGCCUCAGAACAUUCUUCUUGAUGAUAAUUACAUUGCUUGGAUCUCUGAUUUUGGCUUGGCGAAACUAUUGAUGACGAAUCAGAGCAAGACGCAUACUGCCAUUAGAGGAACAAAAGGGUAUGUUGCACCUGAGUGGUUUAGGAACACGGCGAUCGCUACCAAAGUUGAUGUGUCUAGCUUUGGAGUUGUGCUGCCAGAGAUCAUUUGCUGCAGGAGAAGUGUUGAUAUGGAAAAUAACUGUGAAGAGAAAGCAAUUUCGACUGAUUGGGUUUAUGAUUGCUACCGGGAGCGUUAGAGUCUGUUCUGGAUCACGAAGUCGACGCCUUGGAAGGUGAAAUGAAGCUGGAGGAGACUGUCAUGAUUGCUCUUUGGUGUAUUCAAGAAGACCCAUCUCUUCGACCCACGAUGAGGAAGGUUGUACAGAUACUUGAAGGAUUAGUGGAAGUACAUGUUCGACCAUGCCCAUCCCCAUAUAACAGUGGCGUGAAACUUGUUUGGUUUGUGUUGCAGUCAAAGAUUUACAGCCAGUACUAGCUAGCUUUUCAUGUUUAUUUACUGUGUGUUUUCUUUCAUGUGUGUUUAAUUUGUAGCUUUGUUCUGUGAUCACUUGGAUUUUGUGUGUCCUUCAUCAUAAGAGAUCAUUAUGAUUUCAUUAGGAAUAAUAAGGUGUGGUUGUAAAACAUAUACCUGCAGGUUUUCAUUAGAAAUUAGCUUCAGCUUCAAGCAUAUACCUUCAGUUUCACGUUGAGGUUGCCAUUUUGAUGUGU